UCCAUAAUGAAUCGGUCCACCAAAAAAUUUAUCCAAAUUCUGUUUUAAGAAGGAAGACUGUCGUUCUCGGUAAUUAAUUUAACGUUGGACGUGGUUAAUGUCCAUCUCUUGGAAAUUGUCACCUUCUUUACUUUGUUUUACUGUUUGCUUAUACACCACCUUCCUGCCUUUCUUGAACCAGUCUUAGUCCACGCCACGCCUCCUUAUAAGCCUCUUACGUCUUCCGUCUCCAUCUCCUUUCUUUCUUUCUAACAAAACAAACACGCCUGAUCAAUCACAUAACACAAACGCAAGGCACCGGAGAAGGCUUUGAUUUCUGCAGAGAAGAAUGCUUGAAUGGGAACAUCUUCUGCUGGUGGCUCUCUCUGUUAUAGCUCUUUCUGUUAUCUUUAUUGUGUUGUUCCGGAGAUGUUCUUGUUUACGACGAGGUAAAGGCGUUGUUGACGUGACGACGACGACUAGAACGGAAACCUUGCAAGAUGGGAUUGCAAAGCUUCAUCAAGGGAGUCUUCAUCGUCAGCUUGAAUUAGACGGCAAAAGAAGAGGAAAUUAUUAUGUUUUCCGACGUGGGGUUUCAGCUAGACCUUUGUUCAAUUGGGCUGAUCAUCCAUCGCUUAUUACUGACGCAGUUGAAAACGGAUGGUCGAGAUUUGGUUUUACUGGGUAUAUGUCGUCUCCAUCCACGAGAUCAUCCCUGUUAGGUUUCUGUGCAGUCGGUGAUAAUGGAAACGAAGGGGAGACAGAGAUAAGCUGGGAAGUGUGUCAAGGAUCAGCUGAUUUCAUGCAAAAGAUAAGAUUAAAUUCAGGGUUAAAGAAGAUUAACGUAAGUAAUCCUUCUACGUUUGCAGCUUCUGUGAUUAGAACUGCUCUGCCUUUACCAGGGCCUCCAUUGGGGAACUCAGCUUUUCCUCAAGAAGCUUACUUUGAGAUCACAGUUCUGUAUUCUCAUGGUGAUGAUCAUGAUGAAUCUAUCACCAAGAGCAAGGAAGGGGAGAAGAUUAAACUUAUCCAGGAAAAUUCUAACCCGAAGCUGAAUUCAGAAUCUUUAGCACAUGUUAGUAGCAGCCGUGGAUUCAACAAGAUUGAAGAAUUGAAGAUUGCUGGUAAAGAUGAUGAUAAAAGUGAAGCAGUUAUGUUAUCUUUAGGACUUACUACAGGAGGCUCUCUUCCUCUGAAACAUCCUGGAAGCUAUCCUGGAUCCAUAGGAUUCAACUCUAAUGGCUCUGUCUACCUUGAAGGGACGAAAUUGGUGUUUGAAUCAGAGAAAGGAGAAUGGGCAAGGAGAGAUAAAGUGAUUGGUUGUGGAUUUGAUCCAAGGCAAAAGAAAGUAUUUUUCACAGUAGAUGCAGAGCUUGUACAUGUAAUUCAUUGCAAGUCAGAGGAAUUUGGGACACCAUUAUACCCAACAAUUGCAGCCAACAAUGACAUAAUAGUUCUUGUCAAUUUCGGACAAAGUUCUUUCAGUUAUGCACUUGCAAAUGCUCAACGAACACCGAAUCCUUGCUUCAUUGGCCCUCUUGUAAAUUCCUCUGCUUUGGGAUAUGAAGAUAGCAAAGAACUUUUCUCAAUGGGAAGGAUAGAUUCACAGUGGCUUAAUAGAAGUGGAACUAGAGGUACCCACAAUGGCAAUGGUGCUAAUAAUAAUAACAACAGAGCUGUUGAGUUCGAUGAAGAAUCUGAGGCUGAUUUGUUUGAAAUUGUCUUGGAUGGUUCUGCAACUGGAAGAUCUCCAAACACAGUGGCAUAUCACUAACAAUUCUCUGCAUUGAGUGUUCACUGUUUGUGUUUGCUGAGUGCCAUGGAUUUGUCUCUUUGCUACAUAGUUAACAUCGGAGAAAUACAAGAAGAUAGAAACAGGUUUUGUUGAGGACCAUUCUUUACUCAUACAUUUGUUCAAGCUCUUGUACAGAAAAUGCUAAUGUUUUUUUUUUCUGUUCGGCAAUACUGGCUGUUUCAGUAGCUU